UUAAAUUAGAAGGAUUGCUAAUUGUACCGGAGAGUGGUCUCCUACACACAAACACAUAUACAUAUACGUAUGUAGAUAUACACACGCAUGCAUAUUGCAACAUUCGAAGUAAAGUGAACGCCGUCCACCGUCAAUUGGCUCUCUCUUGCUUAUUACGUCGACUGCCUAUAAAAAAUUUUGGUACAAACUGCAACGAAAUACCCCCAACAACACAAAGGCUUUCAAUUGCAACUUCCAGUAGGUCCCAUAGGGGGCCGCACCAAUAUCAGUUAAAGCAACCUCUUCAGCUCAGUCAGUUUUAUAACAUAAACCUUGCUGCGUGGACCCAUCCAAACACAACCGAGUCUUCUGAAGAACUCACAAGUGAAGCAUUUUCAGAAGAGGAAGAUCAAAGAAACAAUACAGCGGCGGAGAUGACACUACCAAGUGCCGCUCGCGUCUAUACAGACGUAAACGCUCACAAGCCUGAUGAAUACUGGGAUUACGAGAAUUACGUUGUUGACUGGGGAAAUCAGGAUGAUUAUCAAUUGGUUCGCAAGUUGGGACGUGGCAAGUACUCUGAGGUGUUCGAGGCUAUCAACAUAACGACAACUGAGAAAUGUGUUGUGAAAAUAUUGAAGCCAGUUAAAAAAAAGAAGAUAAAGCGCGAAAUUAAGAUUUUGGAAAAUUUGCGUGGGGGCACCAACAUCAUAACGCUCUUAGCCGUUGUCAAAGAUCCAGUGUCCCGCACCCCAGCACUGAUUUUCGAGCAUGUGAAUAAUACAGACUUUAAACAACUGUAUCAAACAUUAACAGACUAUGAGAUUCGCUAUUAUUUGUUUGAGUUACUUAAAGCACUCGAUUAUUGCCACAGCAUGGGCAUAAUGCAUCGCGAUGUUAAGCCUCAUAAUGUAAUGAUAGAUCAUGAAAAUCGAAAGUUACGCCUCAUCGAUUGGGGACUUGCUGAAUUUUAUCAUCCGGGUCAGGAGUACAAUGUAAGAGUGGCUUCGCGUUACUUCAAAGGACCCGAACUUCUUGUCGAUUAUCAAAUGUACGAUUAUUCACUGGACAUGUGGUCAUUGGGAUGCAUGCUGGCGUCAAUGAUCUUUCGCAAGGAGCCAUUCUUUCAUGGCCAUGAUAACUAUGAUCAACUUGUUAGAAUUGCCAAGGUGCUGGGCACCGAAGAACUGUACGCGUAUCUUGAUAAGUACAACAUCGAUUUAGAUCCGCGAUUUCACGAUAUUUUACAACGCCAUUCCCGCAAGCGUUGGGAACGAUUUGUUCAUUCUGAUAAUCAACAUCUGGUUUCACCGGAAGCAUUAGACUUUCUUGAUAAGCUAUUGCGUUAUGAUCACGUGGAUCGUCUUACAGCUCGCGAAGCUAUGGCGCAUCCAUAUUUUUUGCCAAUUGUUAACGGGCAGGUGAACCCCAACAGCCAGCAAUAGACAUGGAUUUAUAUUGUAAAUUAUACAAACGAAUGUCGAAGCAGCACGGUAAAAGUUACAAGGACGGAAACGAAAACUUUGAAAAGGAAAAAUCGUUAUGUGCUAAAGCUAAAAAGAUUAAUUAAGAUCAAAUUCAAUAAUAAAAACAUCGCAUCGACUCACAGUUCGGAAACAUAACACCGAUUUCACACAAAAUAGAACAAUAGUAAAGUUAUAAUGAAAGGGAAGAUUAUUCAAAUUAUAGUUUUUGAAAUAUGAACAGACAGUGAUUAUAAAAGUACUAAUUUCCAUACAAUUUAAAUAUUUCUGUUUACAAAUUUAUACAUGCGCAUGCUUAAAAAUUAACAUCAAGCAACAUUAUAAUUAACAUAUAUUUAUACCAAUAAUUAUAAAUAUAAUCCAAUAAAUCUCCAUUUCUUACAAAAUCGUUCAAGCAAUUAAAGUAUGAAGUCUGACCUUAUGUGGUCCAGUAACGUUUAUAGAGCUACCAUCGCUCAAGCCGCUAGCCAAAAACAUUCAACACCAGCAUUGCGGCAAAUAAAGCUCAGAACGGUAAA